CAUCCAAAGGCGGCCGGGAUUCGGUCACUUCUGCCCCGCCAUGCCUGGAACUGAGGUGGAGUUUAGCCGUCGUUGAUCCGGCUCGAUCCAACGACGCAAGGUGGGCUGAAGCUCUAGGCAAGCUCGCAAACGCGUACAUUGGUGCCAUCAUCACCAGCUCCGACAUCUACGUCUUGACACCCUCACUUCGCACCAUCCUCCCCUGCAGCGAGUCUUCUCACUGCUAUUCAACACAAAGAGGAGAAUUUGGGGAGUCUGAUAUUUGCCCACAAUGUCUGGUUCGUUAUGCUCCAUGCAACCUGCAUGCGCUGCGUCGCUAACCGUAGUACCCCAACAGCUACCGACCGACACAUCACCAUCUUUGCCGACAAUGGUCGCCUUUACCAAGUCGAGUAUGCUUUCAAGGCCAUCACAGCUGCCAACAUCAUGUCGGUAGGCCUCCGCGGCAAAGACUGUGCUGUGGUGCUGUCUCAGAAGAAGGUUCCCGACAAGCUCAUGGACCCCUCUUCCGUCACCCACAUCUUCCAGAUCUCCCAGACCGUCGGCUGUGUGAUUACAGGAUCGAUUGCUGAUGCCCGAGCAUUCGCAACGAGGGCACAGUCAGAAGCCUCAGAGUUCAAGUACAAGUUCGGCUACGAGAUGCCCGCGGAUGCAGUGGCGAAGCGAUUGGCCAACAUCAGCCAGGUGUACACGCAAAGAGCAUACAUGCGCCCGUAUGGUGUCGCGACGACCAUCAUCUCGGUCGACCCCGAGCUCGGUCCCCAACUAUUCAAGUGCGACCCCGCCGGCUACUACAUUGGGUACAAGGGCACCGCUGCAGGACCCAAGCAACAAGAGGCUCUCAACCACCUCGAGAAGAAGAUGCGCAACAAGGACUAUGCCGAGGGCGACUGGGAAGAGGUCGUCGAGCAGGCUAUCACGACGUUGAGCACCGUAUUGAGCAUGGACUUCAAGAAGAACGAGAUCGAGAUUGGCAUCGUGGGUGGCCCACGGACAGAUGGCAAGGAGGGCACCAGUCCAGCUUUCCGAAAGCUCACUGAGGACGAGAUUGAGGAGCGGUUACAAGCGAUUGCCGAGAAGGACUAGACUAAAGCCUACCGCACCUUACGACGAAUGGACUUGAUGAACGUAUGACACACUGAGCUCGGUGGAUACAAGUCGAAUGCACGAGACGACUAAAGAGAGGGACGCCAUGGAACUGUCGCUCGGCCCGUGACACGCGGCCAAGGUGUGUAGGUUCGCCAAUGUUACGUUUAAUUCGGACAAGUACCUAGCGCGCCCAAGGCUUCGGCAUUCGCUUUCGUGGCAGGCCAAUAGUUUCACUGAAGCGCAGUCAGAGUGACC